GCCAACUGGCGCGCCAGGAUUUGGGGGGCAAAGCGCGGCCCCGCGAGCAGUUGCGGCGGGAGAGCGGCGGGCUGAGAGCGUGACUCGCCCGCUCCCGCGCUGCCUAAUUCCCUGCCGCCGCCCCACCACCCGCAACCGCGCGCAGCCAUGUCCGAGGAGAAGCCCAAGGAGGGAGUGAAGACAGAGAAUGACCACAUCAACCUGAAAGUGGCCGGGCAAGAUGGCUCCGUGGUCCAGUUCAAGAUUAAGAGACACACCCCACUGAGCAAGCUGAUGAAGGCCUACUGCGAGCGGCAGGGCUUGUCAAUGAGACAGAUUAGAUUCAGGUUUGAUGGGCAGCCAAUUAAUGAAGCAGACACCCCGGCCCAGUUGGAGAUGGAGGAUGAAGAUACCAUCGAUGUGUUCCAGCAGCAAACAGGAGGCUCACGGGCGACUGGCUGCCUCUUGGGAUGUGGUCUGUAGAGGGACCGGCCCACUUUGUCACCGUCCUUGCAUUUGCUGUUGAAUAGUGAACACGUGACCAUGCCAAUCACAAAGGAGUCUGCAGGAACCAAGGACAUCCACAAAAAUUCCUUUCCUCUCUGACAUACUGCGGGUGCAACUCAAAACUGUCUGCAGGGACGAAUCCUUACCUGAACCGGGCCAGCCAGUGUCAUGUUUGUUUAGGAAAAUGAGUUGCAAGGUUUUGGGGGUUUGCUUUUGCUCUCAUUUUUGUCUUUCCCCCUCUCACAACAUUUCCCUGAAGCUUGUUGUGUGAAUGUCCCUUUUUAGUCUAGACAGGGAUCUUAUCCCAGGUAUUGAGUAAAUCCCCCUGCGUAUUCCAUUGUAGAGAGCUCACAUCAUCAAAGUGGGGGUGCUUCGGUGGGCCGUUUUGGGGGCAUUGUGGGGAGACAAACUUCCACUUACUGUUUCUUGUAGGUCCACAUCCUGUCUUGUAGGUUUUUUCAAUGCUAAAUAUUGCAAGUUUAAGUUUUGUGAGAAUAUGGUAAAGUUGAAGGGAGAAUACUGGAAUGCUUUUUAAAGUAACUGAGUCCCUCAGUAGCACGGGCCUGGCACUCUGUUCCUUUAGCUCCCCUUGGGCAGGGGCAGGCCCAGGGCCCCUGAUGGUGCAUGGGCAAAGCAGGGUGCAGCAGAAAUUGGCUUUUCCCCUUCUUUUUUUUUUUAAUUUUUGAAUUACAGUUUAUAUUCAAUACUAUUUUGUAUUAGUUUCAGGGGUCCCCUUUUAAUAGAGGAAAGCAAUUGCCAUGCUUCUCACUUGGCAGUAGUACUGUGGCCUCAGAUUUCUUCCAGUGUUUGCUCUGAUGAAUAAUUAUGGUUUCUAUAUAACAAAGUACGAUUAAGUAUUGCUGAUUUUGCAGUGACUUUUUUUCUGUCAAAGAGCUACUUCAAGUGUGGUUACAGAUGGGCCCUGUGCAAAGAUGACUUCACGUUGUUCUCACGGAUGUGCUCUGCCGCUUUCCUGACAUUAGCUGUGAUUUCAUUUCUAUGAAACAUUUUGGAACCUAUACCUAUUAAACCUUCAGUUCUCCUGCCCUUCUGUAUGGAACCCCUGCUGCCUGAUGGGCCUGCUCUGCCUCCUGGUACCCGAACAGUGCGACCUGGACCAUCAUCUCUUGCUUGCCCGGAAUCUUGCCUUUCCUUUGUGUUUUGCUGUUGGGGUGUGGAUGUGGUGUCUGCUGGCUCUGCUGUUUGUUCACAAUUUGUACAUUCUUUGUUGUCCUUUACUACUGUAAACAGUAAAUAUAGUUUGAUAUUCUGUCUCUUGUAUUAAAUAUUACAUUUGGA